GACUGCGUCGACUUCAGCUCGCGUUGUUUCUGACAGAACACAAUUUAAAAGUGAUAGGGGAUGCGAAUUGUCUCAGUAGGUUGCUACCUCUUUUAAAAGGGAACCCCCGCAAGUCGAAUAAUUCAGCUGUUUGUUAGCGCUGCUCACACGGAUCCGCUUCCUGACAAGUCUUUAAGAGUGGGUGGGGGAAAGUUUCGUUUAAGGUGGAGUUGCUGAACUGCCCGGUAAACUGCUCAAAAAAAGAGCAAACAGGAGAGAGAGAGAGAGGGAGAGAGACGGAGGAGACGUAGCGCAGAAGAGGAAUCCGUUGUUCGGAAGAAGAACGGAAAAAAACAGAUUUUUGAGAAGCAAAAGCAAUGUCUUCAGGUUACAGAUCAUGGGUCCUACUCCUGGUCUUUGUCCUGUUUUAUUUCACUUUUCUGUUGCUGGGCGCUCUCGUCUUCUCGGCCAUCGAGCGACCCGAAGAAGCGAGGUUGAAAAGCGAGCUCCGUUUGCUCAAGGCUCAGUUUCUGAACCAGAGCUGCGUCAACGCCACCUCUCUCGAAAACUUCUUAGACAAAGUUUUGACCGCUAACAAAUACGGCGUCUCCAUCCUUCAAAACUCUUCCGCCACCACAAACUGGGACUUCGCUUCGUCCUUGUUUUUCGCCAGCACACUUGUGACAACAGUGGGCUAUGGGCGCACCACGCCCCUCUCGGACGGCGGCAAGGCCUUCUCCAUUGUGUUCGCCCUCCUCGGCGUGCCCUUCACCAUGCUGGUGCUGACCGCCAGCGUGCAGCGGCUCAUGCACCUCCUGACCUACCGCCCCGUGGGGGCGUGCCAGCGCAGGGCCGGGCUGGAGCAGAAGACGGCCGCCCUGCUCCACUUCGCCGUCAUGCUGCUGCUGGUCGUGGUCUGCUUCUUCGCUGUCCCGGCGGCCAUCUUCACCACCAUUGAGGGGAACUGGACCUACCUGGACUCCUUUUACUUCUGCUUCAUCUCCCUCUGCACCAUCGGCCUGGGAGACUACGUGCCCGGGGAACAGCCCGGGCAGAGGCUGCAAUCCCUCUACAAGAUCCUGGUCAUGGUUUACCUCUUCCUGGGCCUGAUGGGGAUGUUCCUGGUCCUGCGCUCCUUCCACAAACUGGCUGACCUCCAUGGACUCACUGCUUUCUUCCACCUGCCUCACUGCGAGGAAGAGGAGGAGGACGAGGAGUCCAUCAUUACCUCCAGCCAGGAGAGCCACAGCAGCGUUGACAAGUCGCGCAGUCCGCUGGACCCUGGCUCCCAGGUCUCUUACAGCUCCAUCAACAGAUAGCUCCCUCCUGCCCCUCCCUCGGCUCUCCGCUCGCUGGACACCCAGACCCCAGGAUUGUACUCUUCAGACAUUCUUCUGCUCCGGUGUGAAAAGACACAAGCAUAAACUGAACCCACCAGAUGUGAUGGUUUUCAUUUUAAAGCCCCGUGGCUGUUGAAAUGUUUUUUAAAAUCGUUGUGCUUGUUUCUUUUUGCUUUCCCCUCCAUUAACAUGUCGCUGACUCCAAAAACUCAGCAGUGCCUCCGAAAAGUGUGCGAUUGCCCUGGAUCUGUUUGUGUAUUUGUAGUCUCAUGGUACAGUUGAACGGUGGCAGUAUACUGAGCUUUCUCAGCUCACGGGAGGAACGCAAUGUUUGCACCUUAUCAGGAUUUGUUGCUUUUGCCUGCACCCUAUGUCUCCGUUUCAUAGUCAUUUAGUUUCAUCAGUGUGAAUUGUUGUGUCGCCCAAGACCACCGAAAGAUCAAAGCUUCCGCUUAGUGCCCAUCAUUCAUGAAUGUUUUUACAUCUGAAACAGACCAGGACCCCUGAACGUGGCUCUGUAUAGGAACAAAAGUGUGAUCCAUCAGUUUGAUUUUACUUCAAACUUACUUAAUUGUUUUGAGGAGGUUCAUUUGUCCGGAGAAAUCUUACUGGACUGGAGCUUGUACUCAGCAGCAUUGUAGUCCAGUGUAAGUAAGGAAGAUGGUCUGGAGGUGUAAAUCCUAAUAUACUUUGACCUACAGUGAUGGUUUGCACAAUUAAUGCACAAAUGUCAAGGCUGUGGCACAACAGUGCAUGAUGGGUAGCUAAGCCCAGUGUGUGGAACUGGAAGGGCCAGAAACCCUGCUCCUUAGGCCUCAUUGCAUCUGAGCUCUUUACUUAAAUGAACUCAACUUUGCUUAGUUUUUGUAAUAGUUUUCAGCUUCUGCCAAAAUUGUCACUCCUGAUUUACUUAUUGGUGUUCGUUUUAGGUCAUUUAGUGAUUCUGAAGAUUAAAACCGUAAGCGGCAUGUAAUUAGAUUAGAGUUUAGGGAUAAUUAACUGACAGUGAGUUACGGCACUAAAGAGGAUGGUGGAAUUCUUUGUUUUGUAUGUGGAAAUCCACAGAAAACGGUGCAGCUGCAACUGUGACCUUCCACUGUGUUAUUCACGUGAAUAUUGGUGUUCUGAAAAGAUGUGAACGAUCACGUAUCGUUUUGUUGGAAAGCUGUUACCAGGAGUGUCUGCUGUGUGGGUUUUCACACGGUGAAACAAAAAACAGUCCACUUGCACUUCAGUGGCGACUCCGAAUUGGGUUCUGGCCUCCUUCCGGACCUGUUUCCUCUAAGGCAUCUCCGCUGUCCUCUCUCUAAUGAGUUAGUCCAUUCUGUUUGCUGUGGUCAGUGACAUUUUGACCUCCAUGUCAAAGAGUCUGCAUUCUCGGUGCCAGGGGUCAGUCAGGAGAAGCAGACCAGAUGGGAAGAAUGGAGACUAUUUGCUACAGGGGUGUUAAUAUUAACAUUUCGUGCAGUUUAAGGACCUGCUGACUCUUGAGUGCUGUUUAACCAUCUAUCAGCACCACCACACUGAUCCCAAUCAGACACGAUGACCCUCUGACCUGCAGUGCUCAAAAUGUCCAGGGCUCUGGGACUCUGAAUCCCGUGCAGUCAUUAACAGCAUGGGCGCAAUGAAAACCAGAAGUCUCCUGGCGCACAGCUCCAGUGCGGAGAGUCGUUUCCUGAAGCUCAUGCUUGGUCUGUAGGUCCAUUGUCCAUUGCAGACUAGAUCUUCACUUGUACUCUUUGUAAAUGGAGACUUGCCGAUUUGGGGUUGAUCUGCAGGGUGAGGAAUGGAUUCAAACCCAACUGUAGUUGAAACAUGACUGUAAAACUCUUUCUAAACCUGUGUGAAGUAUAAACUCACCUGUGUGUGGAAGAGCGGCGCUCAGAGCAGUGAGACGAGCUGUGUGAGUUGUACACGGUCCUCGGUGCUGUUCUUUUUCUGUUGUUUUUUCAAAAUUAGAGUGUUUUUCUGGUAAUGUUGCAAUUAUUAUAUUAUUCAUUUUUGAUAACGUAUUGAUGAAGCUACCUGUAGGAAAAAACAGAACUGUAUUCCUCGCGGUCCUACCUCACGACGAGCUCGAUCCUCCCUGGCUCUCUGCCGUGUGUUUGACAUGGAGCUGCUGCUGCUCAGGAUCCCAUUGGCUUUUAUUAGCUGCAGCGAUCCGCACGCAGUGGAAUAAUCGCUGUCUUGGGUCAGCGUGUCCAUACAGAUUUACCUCGUGAUCUCCUGCUCUGGUCCUGAAAGGUGGGUUUUUAAUUCCAUCUGACCUCAAAUAGCUGUCAUUCUCUUUUGUCAUAGUUGCACCGGUUUCCAAGCUGUUUAGAUGCUGGUGCUGUAGAGAGACCAGUACUGGGGACCCCUGCCCAACAGGAGGAAAUGACUAAUAAGGUGAAUGGGAAACCAGUGAUGGGCUCUUUGGGGUGGAAGACCUCUGUUACAAGUACUUUACUGUAGUUUUACCAUGUCAUCGGGUAUUUUAACCCCCUUUUUUGCUGAGGACCUUUGAGGAGUUAAAAUUUGCUCUCUUGCCUGUUGCUGUCCAUCCCAGUUAGUGUGCAAUAAGUCAUUUUGCGUGACAGGUUGGAGGAACUGAAUGUGGGUUUUUAUCAGAGUGCCCCAUUGAGCAAUCACGGAUCCUGAAAUCACAGGAAUGUUUUGGGGCUUGUGUGCUGUGACGACAGGUAGCUUAAUGUACUCCAGACUGGAAUACAGUACUUGGAAGCUGGUAGUAGAAAAAUGAUAGUGUACUAACAAAUUCAGUGGAUCCCAAACUUUGAAUCCUUCCUUUUUAUUGUGCCUCAAUUUCAUCAUAGUUAACUUGAGUGGAGGCACACUUUAAAUUGUCUGGUUGUUAUAUUUCACUUUUGUCCCUGUAAACCUCAAAAUAGAAGAGAAUUUGCACAUUUUUUACCCUCUUGUUUACAUGAAAUCAAUGACAGACCAGAGCUGUAUUUUUUCACCACUUCAGAGGUUUUACAAUUUUUUUUUCCCCACUUGUGAAUGCUUGUCCAGCACCUUGAUCAAGUAUGCUGAUAGAAAUGAGGGCAUAGAGUUGUUCCUGUGGAUUGAAGUGGAUGUGUAGAGAAAGGGCGCGUUCACAGAAGUCUGUGCAUCUGAAAGUUGUGUGCGACACGGCGAUGGCCUGUAUACAACAACCAAUGGGAGAAAGGGAAAAUUUCACAAUGUUUCCACAGCGGUUAAACUGCGGAGAAAGAGUCCGUGGUAACACAACCAUGUAACAUGUAUCAAACAAAUAAAAGGUUAAAUGCACACGUUCUGCAAACAGCACUGAGACGCUGCCCUUUCCUGACUUUGGUUUAGAAUAGCAUAAGAGGCAGAACCAGGAGGAGCCUGAAGCAGUCGCUUGUAUUGCAGUUUUUUGCUUUUCUCGGCAUGUGAUCCUCAAACUUCUGAUUUGGUGUUCUGGGUACUUCGUGUUCACUGGGGGAGGGGGGCCGAGGGGGGGUAUUCCAGUCGGAGCACUGCCAAAGCAUUGCUGCUUUAGACCAGCUGAACCUCAGUUCGAAUUGUGUCCAGGCGGCAGUGCCUUUAAAUGGCUUUCAUAUCGGUUUCAGUGCAAUAAUGAAGCAGACCAGGUUAGGGCAUCGCUUUGCACAAGUUUUAUACGUUUAGCGACGCUUUUUAUUAGCGUGGGCAUGUCAACAUUUUCUCUUUCUCGAGAGUUGAGAUGAGGCAACAGUGGAACUUUGUUGGCUCAGUUCAGGUUGGUACCAGUUGAAGUCUGUGAUUUUUUUUGGAAGAGAAUUGUAUCAUUGUUGCUGUAAAACCUAGGUUACUGUUCUUUAAUGUACAGUGACCAACUGUAACUGUGGGCAAUAAAUAAGGUGACCUGAAGCAAGUUUUAAGUUUUGAUACCCAAAGGAAACAUUUUUAAAGCUCUUCUGGAGUUCAGUUUUCCCUUCUGGAGCAACAGUACUGCCCUUUUAAACUCUAUGCAUCAAUUGUUUGGAAUACCUGUAAACUCAUCUGAUAUCGUUUUGAAUUGGUUGUAAACUUCUUUUUAGUACUAUUAGUUACAGUAUUUUGUUUUUAUGCAUUAUUGUUUUGUGGUUUUGUCUGUAUCCUCAUUAAGGGAUACCGCAGUGUUUAAACAAUAAACAUUUUAAUUCCUUCUG